ACUUACAUACAUAACAAAUAUUUAUUAAAUAAACAGCAACAGUAUCAUUAAUAAUAAAAAGCUAUGGAAGCUAAAGUAUGGUUUUUAUAUUUCCUAUUACCCGAGAGUAAUUAGGAGAUAAAACUAGUUCAUAUUUAUGUGUGUGCUUUAUUUGUAAUACUAUAGUAAUUUCGUAGAAAAUGGUGAAACUUUCGUAGUACGUAAUAUUUAUCAAGGCUACAUUAAAAGCAAUUUCGGUACUUUGAUGUCUGAUAAUUUUGGCGGCGCCCUGAUCUCACGUACUGGAUCUCGAGCUAUAACCUACUGUUUACGUGAGACGAAUCCAUAAUGACCUCUUUCGAACAUAUCAAAUAUUUUGCCUGACUAAAAUCGAAACAUUUACCUUAAGUAACAUGUUUUUCCAAUCAGGAUUUUAGGCAGGUACCUACGUUGUAUGUAUUUCUGUGCAAUUCAUUGAAUUUUAAAUACUGUAUUUAAAGUGGAUAGGUACGUACCUACCUUGCUUUAUGUAAGGUCUGUCCGUUUUUCCAAGAUCAAGUACGCUUGAAUUACGCCAUAGGAAAUUUAGGACGAACUUGAACUUAGAAAUCGGACAGGUUAUCUAAGUUAUUUAAAAUAUGGGUAGUUUAGCCUAGGUUGAGGUGCUAAAAUAUCCAUGAGAUAAUAUGUAUUUAAAACAAGUGUGUUAGAUUUGCCAGUUAGAUAUCAAAAUGGAAGGUCACUAUGUUGCAACAACCAAUUAAUACCAAUCAGCAUUGCACAAAAUGUAUCCUAUAGACUUCAAAUCACAGAUAUUUGUAACUGCUUAAACUAUUUGUUUAUCUUGUGAUACCCUACAACAUUUAUGUGUAUGUGACAUAAAAUAACACAGCAUAAUUUUAUUUUAAGACCCCAGUUGCGGGUCAGCAACUGCACCGUUAAGCACUAAUGGCUCGUAUGCAAUAUGGCUUAAAGUUCUGUUGCCGUUCCCACGCUGAAACUAACCUCGCACGCUGAUUAUACUCACAAAGUUAAGUAAUAAAAGACUACAUUAUAUUCCACAGCGAGCAUUUUGGUAUUCGGCGUUCUGUUAAAAGCUUUUGCAUUACUUACUAAUAUUGGAGCGAAAAGGAGUGCCCGGGACAAGUUCGGGGGUGAUAUAAUUUUAUCUCGGGAUUGAUGCACAAUUCCCGCAUUUCAUUAGAUAUUUAUGCCGCAGUUGCAUUUUCAAACAGCAGAGAAUAUACCGGUAUUUUCACUGGGUUUAUUUAUGGCGUUAAUACCUAACACGAACAACGAUGCAGACAAGUCAGGGUUUUGUUGUAAUAUUUGGUCGUGGACUUAUACUUACUUUACUUUUUUCCUGUUAAUCUGUAGCCAAACUGCGGUUAAAACCAGUUACUAAUAUAAUUUGGAGAGUAAAAUAAAUAAUUAUUAUAGGAUAAUCUACUCAAAUCUACCUAGUCCCACAGUUAGUUCAAUGAGGCUUGUGUUGUGACUACAAAAUACUUAAGUGUGUAAAUACAUAAUAUAGAAAUUUGGAAUACGAUAUAAGACCGAAAGUAACUCUGUAUACUUAUGUCAGUUAAGAAAUAAUGAGCAUUUUGACCCUUAAAAUGGCGCGAGAUAGCAACAGCCGAGGAAGUAAGUCCAUUUCUGCGACUUCCCUACGAAACGUGACCGAAAUGCAAAUCGUGUGUAUGCCGAGGCAUAAACACUGCGGCGAAGUGUACACGUAAUAGCGUCUAUACCUACCUAUAUGAUUGCAAUAUUGGAACAAUGUAUAUCGCGACUGUUUCAUGAAGUUAUUUUCUAACAGAAAACUCUAAAGGAUUUUGCACUUUGUAACACUAGAUUUAAGACUAAAGUUAGUACGAAUUUGAAACCUAUCUGUAGUGUAGUGGUUACACAAAACUCUACCAAAUAGUAAUAACGUCGUAUCGACUAUUUGGAGCGGCGAAGUAUGAUUGCAAAUUUCACUCACAAAUACGAGUCUCGCUUUGUUGAUGGCUGAAGUUUAUUAGUCAGUCGCGGAGUGCUCCUCGGACAUUGCUAUUAUGCAGGCCCGCCCUCCAAACCCGAAUUAAGUCAAGUAUAGAAAUUGUUGCUGUACCCACUUCACUGAAAUGAAUUUGUGAGUUUUCUGACUACUUAGGUACAUACCAAUCGAAGUGUUUGCAUAAUUCAUUCUGUUUAUUUGUUUUUUUUUGUCCUUUUUACAGAGCAGCAGGUGAUUAUUUGAUUAUUUAUUGACAAUGUGUUCACUUGUUUGUCCCCUCGGACCCUCUAACAAUUUCAAUGUCAAGUCUAUCCGGUUUGAACUAGCCAAAACGUAAUUAAACUUUUAUGUACUCGUAUUUAUGAUAAGCGACGCAAAUAGCAUACUAGUCAGUAUGAUUAAGAUAUUACUAAACAGGUUGCUUCAUCCUAAAGUGUGGGGAAUAAGAAAAUGUAAGGAAUAGCUAUAUUUAUCCAGAGACCCUAAAGACUAAUUUUAGAGAUAAGAAAAUGGAGAAGAAUCCAAGUAUAUCUUAAGCAGUUUUAAGAUUGAUAGUGUAAAAUAAAAAUAGGGAAGUUAUAAUAUCUAGAACCAUGGUAUGCAUAACCUAAUAUAUAUAACUGGAAGCUUCUUGACUUGAUAUCUACCUACCCACAGGUGAUUUACCUACUCAUUCAGAGCGACAGGCGGAAUAUUUUUGUACAAUCUAAACUUUAUUUUUAGUGUACAGUAUAGGUUUUUUAAACUCCAAAAUCAGCCAUGUUCCUAACAAGAACAAUUUUAGCUACCUCUUAUACUUAGUUUCUGUUUUUCUCUCAUUGCCCCAUUUCGAAGAAACAUUCUGUAUAGUACCUACACUUGAUAAGUCUUACUUGAAGAACAAAGCAAACAAGCAGAAAUCUGUUACAAACUAAACAGCUUAUGAACGCUCUGUUGGAACGUUGAAGAUUAAGAUGUUUGAGGUACUUUGUACCGCAUCUGAUGUUGUGUCUUAGGUACAUACAAAUCAUAGCCAGGGAACAAAUUAAAUUAUUCUAUUUAAAUGUCCUCACAUAUCUCCAACAGAUAUUUUUUUUGCUGAGCCAUUGAUUAAAUAUUUCAUUUUUAAUAUAUAUAUAUAAUUAUUUCAUUUUUUAUACCUAAAUCGGCCGCAUCCGUUUUGGCAUGUUUAUGGGAACUUAAGGUACAAUUAUUAUAGUGUAACAUGAAGUAGACCUUUUAGCAAUGUAGAAACUAAGUACUGGUUUUUUCUACUUUUGUCCGACAAUUCGUUUUCUAUAAAAGCAUCACGUGAUCACCGGCCACUUUUUGUCAUAGAAAAUGAAGUGUCGGUUGUCUCGGCUCGGACUCGGGACGUUCUAGCUCUAGCAUGAGUCAUCCUUUACAUCGACGCUCAACACAUUUUUUUUCUUACAGCAAACAAUUAUUACUGAUCCACUCGCUAGCCCAUGCACACGGCAUCAUGACUGAGAGCAACGAAGAGUUGCUCGCGUACCGGCUGACGACAGCCAUGCCUAAAACCCUGGAAGCGUCGGUCGCGCACCACGCGCUCGUCGUCUACAACCGCAUCUACUGCUCCGGAUCCUUCAUCGGUAGCAAAGUUGUACUCACCGUCGCCAGCUGCUUUCAGGAGGAGACGGACACGGAGACUAUUUACGUCAAGUAUGGAGUUAGAAAUUAUAUGGAUAGGGGACAGGUUAUUGCUGUGGUUGAAAACAAAAAACAUGAAUUUUUCCAAUACAAAAGCGCCCUAGACAAUGAUAUCGCGCUGCUAAUACUUAAGACACACGUCAAGUUCGAUGUGGGUGAGAGAAAAAGCGUUUUACUCGAGCCAGGGACUACGGUACCAAACCUUAGCUUUAUAUCGGUCACGGGGUGGGGAAAGGAGGUUGCAAAAGAUCAAGAAAAUUGUAUUCUUCAGUCGGAUAUGCAGCUGAUAGACCAGGAAGAAUGCGUAAAUACCUACUCUGAUGUCGUCACCUCCUCAUUGUUUUGCGCGAAAUAUGAUUUAAUGAAUCGCCUGAGUGACAACGGGGGCGCAGCCAUGUACAAGGGUAUGAUCAUGGGCAUCUCCUCGUACGGCGCCAACCUCGAAGACGCGCCUCACAUCGCCUUGUUCACCAACGUUUCCUACUUUUAUCAAUGGAUCAAAUUGAACACUGAGAGGCUGUUGCAAAAACAUUGUUCGCAAAAAGUAGAAGACGUAGUGCCUAAUGUGAUACCGGAUUACUAAACUGAUAUUAAAUUGUAAUGAAGUAUUUGAGAAGUGGUCUGAAGUAAAAUGACUCGUUUAUGACAGGACAGGAAGGUCUUAAUUAAGACCAAAAUGACACUCGUCCGAACAUUGAUUGUCUCAAUUCUUCUCUAUGGCUCGAAAUCAUGAUUGACUAGUGUUUCUGUAAUAGCGAGAUAAAUUAUAUUUUAACACUUUCAGUAUAAGCGCCCCAUUAUAAACAU